CGCGGGUAGCGAAAGCCUUACUCCUCCCCCUCCCUCCUGCUUUUUGGCCUUUGCCGGUUGCCGUCGCCGCUCUUUCUCUCUCCUCAGCAGGAGCGCCGCCGUGCGAAAGAAAGAGCCAGGCUGCUCUGGGGAAAAGGAGCGGGGGUGGGGGCGUCCCUGCCGGCUCCCGUCCUCAGCCGCAAUGUCGGUCCUGAGCUGGAAGCCGUUCGUCUACGGCGGCCUGGCCUCGCUCGUCGCUGAGUUCGGAACGUUUCCUGUGGAUCUCACCAAAACACGGCUUCAAGUCCAAGGCCAAAGCAUUGAUGCCCGUUUCCGAGAGAUCAAGUAUCGGGGCAUGUUCCAUGCCUUGUUUCGCAUCUCCAGGGAAGAAGGCAUUCUUGCACUCUACUCUGGGAUCGCUCCAGCCUUGUUAAGACAAGCAUCUUAUGGCACAAUAAAGAUUGGUAUAUACCAGACUUUGAAGCGACUUUUUGUGGAUCGAUUAGAAGAUGAAACAUUACUACUAAAUGUUAUAUGUGGAGUUGUGUCAGGGGUGAUCUCCUCUGCGCUGGCAAAUCCAACAGAUGUACUGAAGAUCCGAAUGCAGGCUCAGGGCAGUCUGUUUCAAGGAGGAAUGAUUGGAAGCUUCAUAGACAUCUACCAGCAGGAAGGCACGCGGGGGCUAUGGAGAGGUGUUGUCCCUACUGCUCAGAGAGCUGCCAUAGUUGUGGGAGUCGAAUUGCCAGUCUAUGACAUCACCAAGAAGCACUUGAUCCUUUCAGGACUUGUGGGGGACACAAUCCUUGCCCACUUCAUUUCCAGUUUUACAUGUGGGCUGGCUGGUGCCGUUGCUUCAAAUCCAGUGGAUGUGGUGCGGACACGUAUGAUGAAUCAAAGGGCCAUUGUGGGGACCGUUGACCUCUACAGGGGUACACUGGAUGGUCUGGUAAAGACAUGGAAAAGUGAGGGCUUCUUCGCGCUUUACAAAGGAUUCUGGCCAAAUUGGUUGCGGCUUGGCCCCUGGAACAUCAUUUUUUUUAUCACCUACGAGCAGCUGAAGAGGCUCCCUUUCUAGGGGCCAGAUCAGAUUGGUGAUUCAGCUGCCCUUCUUGCUCACCUGUUCCUGCAUCUUCAUGUCUUUUUGCCUAUGCGGACUGAGGCCUACCAUCCCCACUCCUGAAUGCUCAGGCCUCGGGAGCAUAGCUUGGAUGAGAAGGGGGAUGUUGGGGCCAGUGAUAUUCAGUGCUUUCCCAUAAAGGGAAAGUUGGAGAGCAAGGGGGAGAGAAUGCAUAGGGCUGAGUCUGUAUCUUCUGUGAAGAGCUGUGUGAGUUUGAGGUCUUUCAGAGUGCAGCUUAUUGCAAUGUGGAUUUUGCAGUAAGCUGUGCCUUCCCCUUAACUUGUGCAAGGGGGAAAUUCAAAGGAGCUGCUGCAUUCCCUUCCAUUGUCAUGUUACCUUAAUAAACUAUUUAUUGGAGCUA